AUGCACUUCGCCAAGCUUCGCAGCCUGUUCCACCGCAAGGCCACCAUCGCUCAAUCUCCUCAGACGACCCAGGACGGCGAAGACGACUCUCAGCAGCAUGGCAACGCUGUAGUCGUUGGAGAGCACACAGAAAGACCGCUUCAACCCCUCCCGUCGCCCGGAAGCUCCUUUUUCGAGGACGAAGACACCAACCUCACCGACAAGACUCUGACCUGCCGCCAUCCAUCAUACCGUCCUCUCUUCUGGCCUAACGCAGAUCGAGCACCAAGCAUGAUGCAUUUCUACGUUCCAUCACGCUCGCGCUCUCCAAGCUCCUCAGCCUCAGCCUCCAGCACCACAGCACAAGAACUUUUCCGGGACUUUUCCGGGACCUUCCCUUGCAACGAAUCCCUCUCGUCUUCAGACCUCCGCCCAGGCGCUGUAUCUCGCAUCAGUAAUAACAACUUGCGUCAGCGCGACAGCAAACUCCACGACUCCAUCACGAUCCAAUGCCACCCGGCAAUUCUUGACAAUCCGCCACCCUUUCAACGCUACUCCUCGCCGCCCAAGAUCGAAGGGGCUGGGCCACCAGACCUCGCAAAGACAUGUGCACGAAAGAAUACCAACUUGCGGCGUCAAGCUUCUAUCUUAGAGAUCCAGAAUGAUCUGUUCGCGACGCGUCUCGAGCAGACAAUACAGGAUCUCGAGAACAUGACGUGCACUCGCGACGUGACUCGUCGUAUGCUCGUGAGAUGCAACGAGCUGCGUCUGCAAGCUGAAAAGGGGCGCGUAAUGUGGAGGGAGAAGUACAACAACAUUUACAGCGGCGUAGAAUCACUUCUUCGCGCCAACAACGCCAUGGAGCAACAAAUCCGCAACCUCGAAGAAGCCCACAGCCACUGCACUCAGCGUGAACUAGGCCUUCAAGAGCGAAUCGAUACCCUGCUCACUUCCCGCUGGCGUGGCAGCACAUAUCUCAAGCGCCGCCUGAUGGAGACCAGCGACCGCAACAACAUCCUCGCCAAUAACCACGACAAGAAAGUAGCGCAGCUCGAGAAGGUUCAGCAGUGCAACAUCGGCCUCCAGCGCAGGAUUGACGUUGCAGAUGACAAAGUUGCUAGGCUGCAGAAACUAUUGCAGAAGGCGAAAGAGGAGCGCGAGGAAGAUACCGAAGCGCUUCAACUCGCCGAGAAGGAAGUCUACCAGCUUUCCGAGAACUUGCGCUCCGCACAGACAUGUCUGAAAGACAAAUCAGCAGCGUUGGAACAAAUCGUUCAGGAAAAGGAGAGGUUGCAGUCAUUGCUGCGCCUGACGGGCUCGUGA